GCUGAGCGGUUGUCAGGACUGUUUACAGGAAACAUGGCUUCCCGGUCUGUUGGAGAGCUUCAAGAGAUGGAAGUGGACCGAAGGGGUGAGUCUGAGGAGUCUGGUGAUGAUGAGACCAGAAGGAGGAGUAUCAAUGGCAAUGUGGACCCCAAUCAGCCCGCUACCACAAGUAAAGAAGAGUCUCCUGUUGACAUGGACACCAUAACCUUGGACCCAGAGGAAGAGGAUGUUGAUCUUGUUCAUUGUCGCAUUGGAAAGAUUGAAGGAUUGGAGGUUCUACAGAAGGCUAAAACACUCUCCUUACGACAGAAUCUUAUUAAAAAGAUAGAAAACCUUGAAAGUUUGAGCUCACUUCGGGAACUAGAUCUCUAUGACAAUCAGAUCCGCAAGCUGGAGAACCUGCACAACCUCACAGAGAUGGAGCAGCUCGAUGUGUCCUUCAAUUUGCUGAGGAAGAUGGAGGGUCUGGAGACGAUGACUCAGCUGAAGAAACUUUUUCUGCUACAUAACAAAAUUGGCAGCAUUGCCAACUUGGAACACUUCACAAGCCUGGACAUGCUGGAGCUGGGCUCCAAUCGCAUCCGGGUCAUAGAGAACCUGGAUACCCUUUCAUCUUUGAAAAGUUUGUUUCUUGGCACCAAUAAAAUAACUACGCUUCAGAAUCUGGAGGGUUUACACAACCUGACCGUUUUAAGCAUUCAGAGUAACCGGAUUACUAAAAUUGAGGGUCUACAGAAUCUUGUCAACCUGAGAGAGCUCUACCUGAGCCACAAUGGCAUUGAGGUCAUUGAGGGCUUGGAAAACAAUAAAAAGCUUACAACCCUGGACAUUGCGGCCAAUCGAGUAAAGAAAAUUGAAAACAUCAGUCAUCUGACAGACCUGCAGGAGUUCUGGAUGAACGAUAAUCAGAUAGACAACUGGUCCGAUCUCGAUGAGUUGAAGAAUGCCAAGUCUCUGGAGACGGUCUACCUUGAAAGAAACCCACUACAGAAGGAUCCACAGUACCGGCGAAAGAUCAUGCUGGCGCUGCCCAGCGUACGCCAGAUCGACGCUACCUUCAUCCGCUUCUAAACUGCAGUGUAAAAUCCACCUGUCAACUUCACAGUGUUGUCCCACAGCACCCUGCCUGCCCUACUUACAAAACAAAAGCUAAUUUUGAAACACACUGAAUCAUAUAGUCACUCAAAUAUACAUUCCAACACUCACCCUCACCCAUGGUUCACUCAACAUACAUGUAUGCAUGUAUGCACUCACUCACACCUUAAUUGAUCUAUGCUAUUGUGUGGAAGCUUAUUUAUUUAUUAAGCUGGAUAUGAACUGUGAAAAGGAUUUUAAAAACUACCCUGCUUUGUCAUUUUUCCCCCUAUGCACUUAUUUUUCAUUGCUUUGCAUGUGGGAUAAAGUAUGGAGACAUUUCCUCAAUCAUUCAUCAGAAAAAUGAGAUAUCAGUCUUAUCACAUUGUUGAAGCUGCACUGCUAUCAUAUGAAAGGAAAAGGGUGGCAUUCUUACUAUUUGAGGGAUUUUGUUGAGUUUAUUCUUUUUGGUUGGACAGGAUGAGACGGUUCUUACAAGGAACACGGGGUAAAAUAAAUAUCAACAUUAAAGGGAAAAUCCAUAACAAAAUAUGAUUUACAUAUUUUAAUGCUUAUCAUUUGAUUUCAACACGCUUCAGAGCUCGCCUAAUCAAGUUACCAAACUUAACAGCGACAUAAACAUCUAAAAUUGAGCCUAAUAUGCUACAAUGACACCAUUGAGAUUCAAGCCCUUUCAGUAAAAAUCUGUCUUUUUAAGGAAAACAGCAGAAACGUAUGAAUCAUAUUAAUAAACCAGUAUUACUGAUUAAUCUUAAUGUCCAGCAGCCUUGUCUAUGCUUUGUCAUGUCCAGAUAUUUUACAGCUCAUUUUCUGAUGAAUAACAGUGACCUCUGAAUUAAAAAAAAAAAAAGCUCAUGAGAAUGUAAAAAUCAUUUAAUGUGUCCAUAAAGUUUUAAAGUUUUGCAACCAGUGGGACAUCACCUCCCCAUUUUUAUUUUCAUUUUUACCCUAAAACAUCACUGAUUACAGCUUUUGUCCUCUUUUUCAUUCAUACAUUUUAUUCUGACUGAUAACAGUUAAUUGUAGAUUGUUUUUGAAGUGAAUUUACUUAUUAAUGGCAGGAAUGGUCUCACAUAAGUGUUGUUUACUAAUGUAAGAUAAAUUGCUACCUAUUUUUAAACACAUUUUGGAGUAUAAAAUGUUCAGAUGUGUAAAGAAGCUACAGUGACACAUUCUGUAAUAUUCUCAUUUGCCCUUCAGUAUUGCUCAAAAAUAGAAAAUCAUGUUUGUUUUGCCAUAGGAAGUCAUAGAUCCAGCACUAAGAUGAAAACUUUGAAGGGCCUAUUCUUUUGGUCCCCUGUAUAUAAUGCUAGAGUGCACUUGAUUUGCUCCCGAGUUACAAUUCAGAAGUGGUGCAUCUUUUGUAUGAGAAUAAUUUCCCACCGCAGGAUGAAAAAAUCACAUUUGUACAGACAAAUCAGAUUUGAAUGCAUUGCUGUGUUUACAUGGAGAAUGCAAAAUAAUUGUGCAACAUCAGAUACUGACCAUUAUCAUCCAUUUCCUCUCAUCUGGAGUAUAAACUGCACCUUCAAACUGUAAAAGUGGCCUGAGUUAUUAUUGUAUCUCCCUCUGGGGGCAAGAAAAUUACAGCAUAAUUUGCUGUUUUGUAAUAAAGGUGUCUUCAGAUGACAAAUUUGCUCUUUUUCAAAGAAAUUGACAUUAUGAUCAUAAAUCAAAUUAUUUAUGGUUAGUUAUUUU